AUGAAGUUCACCGCUAUCGUCGCCGCUAUUGCUGGCGUUGCCAUGGCUGCCCCGGCCGCUGAACUCCCGGCUGCUGAGCUGGAGAAGCGUGCCACUCCCAUCAACUAUGUCCAGAACUACAACGGCAACCUCGCCAACUUCAAGUACAACCAGGGCGCUGGCACUUACACCGCCAACUGGAACCACCCCGGUGACUUCGUCGUCGGCCUUGGCUGGACCAAGGGUAGCGCCAGGAGCAUUACCUUCAGCGGUUCCUACUCUACCGACAGCAGCUCCUACUACGCCGUCUACGGCUGGUUGAACAACCCCUUGACCGAGUACUACGUUGUUGAGAACUACAGCUAUGACCCUUGCUCCACCGGCACCCAGGUCGGUACCGUCACCAGCGACGGCUCUUCGUACAAGAUCUGCACCCACACCCAGGUCAACCAGCCCUCUAUCUCCGGCACCAAGACCUUCGGCCAGUUCUUCUCUGUGCGCCAGAGCAAGCGUACCUCUGGUACUGUCACCAUGUCCAACCACUUCAAUGCAUGGGCACAGCACGGCUUUAAGGCCGGUGACUACAACUACCAGGUCUUCGCCGUUGAAGCCUUCGGCGGCACUGGCAGCGCCAACGUCAAGGUCUCUGGUUACACCGGCACCGGCAGCGGAGCUGGAUCUGGAUCGACCACUACCAGUGCUCCCGCACAAGGUCCUACAACUGUCACCUCUGCACCUCCCAGCACCACUACCACUUCCUCCGGCGGAUCGAGCGGUGGCUCUAUUCAAGUCUGGGGACAGUGUGGCGGUCCCGGAGCAGCAGCCGGAUCUUGUGUCUCGGGCACCAAGUGUGUCACCCUGAACCAGUACUACUCCCAGUGCCAACCUGCAUCG